GACACAGAUGCAUGCUAGCUAGUGCUGGAAGCUGAGGUGUCCACCUUCUGAGAAAGUGACCUCCGGUGUCAGAGCUUCAGCAGUAGUCUUUGAAUCUCCCAUAGGCACUAAUGACUCCCACUGAGCGCAGACCGUUCACCUGAGAUAGAAGGGUUGACCUCUUUGCCUGAACGUCGGCUACUUUGGAUUUUACGACUAUUUCCGUGCGCAUGUGUGUGCGUAUGUCUAUGUGUGUGUGAGCAUGUGUGUGUCUGUGCUCUUGUGUGUGUGAUUUUUCCUUUCACAUUAAUCUGGGGAAAGAAUACAAACCUUCUUCACCAUGCCUUUGAAGUGCGAGCUUUUCAUCACCCUGCUCCUCUUUGUCAUCCUCGGAGUUGCAGACCAGCACAGUUACAGCCCCCUCAAUCCAGCUGACGCCAUCAACUCACUGCGCUUAAGAGAACUGAUAGGCACAACCAAGCAGAGUGCUGGCGUCACGACAGGGUUUGAGCUGAAACCUCACCGGACAAAGAGAACCGCGGUCUUCCGCUCCGGAGUAAAAGUGUGUCCCCAAGAGACCAUACGAGAGGUCAUUGCGAGUCACCAAGCCUACUACAAGCUCAGAGUUUGUCAGGAGGCCGUCUGGGAAGCCUUCCGGAUUUUUUUCGACCGGAUUCCGGGAACCACGGAGUACCAACGCUGGGUCCACACGUGCCAGCAUGAGUCCCUCUGCAUAUCGGACCUCGCCAACAACUUCAGCAGCUCGGAAGAGCACCUCAACAUGAUAUACCGGAGGAUGAACUUGCGGCCGGACCAGCUACCAGGACGACAUGUGGUGCCAGAGAAGCCAGCUGAGGAGGCGGGAACAGAAGAGGGUGCCCAGACAGACUCAGGAGAGGAGGGAGAGUCACCUGCUGUUCCGGACGCCCCCGACGCCACUCUUGGCACUCCGAGCGAAGGCGACGAAGGCCAUGAAGGCGAUGAAGGCACUGAGACAGCUGAGGAGGACUCUGACCUCCCCAAUGUGGUGCCAGAGCAAUCUGUGGAGCAGACAGUGGAAUUCACCAUCAACCUGGUGGACCCUGGUUACAGGGAACUACUGGACGACGCUGAUUCUCCUCAGUACCACGACCUGUCUAGACACCUACAAGAGCAGAUGUUGCACGUCUUCAACAAACUACCCGGAUUCAAGGAGAUUAACGUUUUGGGAAUCAGCGCAACGGAAGGAGAUGAUGGUUCUGGAGGAAUCUCAGUCCACUACGCUGUCCUGUUUGAGAACAUCGGCCCUGAUGCUACAGCAGAAGGGACAGAGGGAGACACAGACACAGAUUCACUACCCAGCCUGACAGACUUGAUGACCACUGCCCUGAGUGAAGAGGCAACUCUUCCAGUUGAUCUCAGCACACUUGUCUUUGGCCCAGAAGUAAGUCCUCUGGAACCAGAUGUUAAUGAACCGGAACUGGUUGAUGCAACUGAAGAGACUAUGGAGCCAGAUUCCUACAAUGACCUGGACGUGUCAGAGGGGGCAGAGGAACCUGAAAACUCUGAGGAGGAGCAGACACAUCCUGAUAUUUCUCCUGAGGAGGAGAAUGCUCUGGAGACUUUGUUAGAGCCCACAGUUGGCAGCGAGGACUACCCUGACAUCCCAACAGACGAAGAAUCUGAACCAACUAGCCCUCCAGAGGAAGAGGAGCCAUUCAUCACCCAUAUGAUUGAGACCAUCAUCCAAGAUGGAACUGGUGAACUUGUAAGGGACUACAUUCCUCAUGCUCCAGAAGACGAUACUGCUGUUGAGCCACCCGGUGAGGAUGAAUCUAUAAUAUCAGAAGCAGAGGCGGAAGAAGAGGCACCUGUUAGUGAUCUCUUACCAAACCUCAUUACAGAGGAACUGCCUGACUCUGAACCAGAUGAAGAGGUUGGUCUGGAUAGUGACUUGCCCAAUGUGAUAUCAGAGGAGGACAGUCUACCAGGCUCCACUACUGAAACUCUAUUGACAGUGGCCACAGUAAGCCCAGAACAUUCCGAGGACUCUGAUUCCAGCCUUCCAGUGACCACCCUCUCAGCAAUAACACACCAGCCCCCCACUGAACCACUUGGAGAUGUAGAAGAGGCUGAGGAGGUGGCAGUAGAGGAAGAGGAAGUAAUGGUGGAGACACCUGAAAGUGAGAAAGGAGCACCUGAGGAAGAAACACCUGGGGUCUCUGAACCUGGGGAGGAAUUGGCACCAGAGGAAGAAGUAGUGGUAGAAGUUGAAGACGAAGUGAAUGAACCUGAGGAGGAGCCAGGUGAACCCGAAGUAGAAGUUGUUAAAGAAGAAGAGACUGAACCUGAAGAUGAAGUUAGUGCCCCAGAGAAGGACGCUAGUGAACCAGAAGAGGAAGUGAGUGAACUGGAAGAGGAAGUGAGUGAACCGGUAGAUGAACCAGAAGAGGAAGUGAGUGAACAGGAAGAGGAAGAGAGUGAACCUGAGGAGGAAGUGAUUGAACCUGAGGUGGAAGUCAGUGAACCUGAGCAGGAAGUUAGUGAACAGGAAGAGGAAGUGAGUGAACCUGAGGAGGAAGUGAUUGAACCUGAGGAGGAAGUCAGUGAACCUGAGGAGGAAGUUAGUGAAGAAGAAGUGAGUGAACCUGAAGAGGAAGUCCUGGAACCUGAAGAUGAAAUAAGUGUACCAGAAGAGGAAGUAAUCACUGAAGCGGAAGAGGACGAAGGUGCUGAAUCUGAACCUGUGGAGGAGGUUGAAGCAGAAGUAUCAGAAUCUGAAGAGGCUGAUGUUGAUGUGGCUGAGCCUGUUGAGGAAGAGAUUCCAGAGGAGUCUCUACCUGAGGAGCCUGAAGAUGUACAGGUUGAAGUUCCAGAAGAGGCAGUUGAAGAGGAAGAUUCUCAACCGGAGGAAGAGAUUGUAGAAGAGGAAGACGAAUCUGAGGAGCCUGCGACUGAAGUGGAGGUUGAAGUUCCAGAACCUGUGGAAGAGGAGACUGAGGUUGCAGUAGAGGUCGAGGUCUUAGAAGAAGCAGAGGAGGAGCCAACUCCUCCUGAGGAAGAGAUUGUGGAGGAGACGACGGCUCCACCCUCAGAAAGCAUAAAGAUCAUUGUACCAGAAGGACCUGAUGAUGAAGGAGAUUUAUACUUCCCAGAACCAGAAGAGCAGGACAAUCUUCCUUUUGUGCCAAAUGAGGAUGCGGAGCCUGAAGAAGAACCAAGUGACCUUCAGCCUGUGGAGGACGUCGUCAUAGAGGAGACAGAGGAAGAUGUUCCAGCGGAACCAGAGGUGGAAAUCAUAACCGACCAGCAGCCUGAAGAUCAAAAUGUAAUCGAAGCUGAAACAGAAGAAGGUGAAUCAGAGGUUGAGAUGGAAGAAACAGAAGAGGCAGCAGUUGAGGUGGAAAGCCAGCCUGCAGAUACAGAUGAGCCUGAGUCUGAGCCUGAGCCUGAGUCUGAGCCUGAGUCUGAACCGGAGUCUGAGUCUGAGCCUGAGUCUGAACCGGAGCCAGAAGAGACGGAGGAGGAUGCCUCAGAAGAGGAUACAGCUGAGGAAGCAGGAGAAGAGGAGGCAGGUCCUGAACAGGAGGAGGAGGUAGAGGAGCAGGAGGAGGAGGAGGUAGAGGAGCCGGAGCAGGAGGAGGAGGAGCAAGAAACUGUCCUGGAGAUCACCCCUACGGAGGCCCCAGAGGAACCACUAUCAACAACUCCAUCCAUUGACCUGGGACUCUUUGAGGUGUUCUUAACAGAUGAACCCUAUGAGGAGACUGGAGUGGAGGUUAUAGCUGAGGAAGGAGAAGGGGAAGAUGUGGUGAUGGAGACAGACACAGAAAUUGACACGUCUGAGAGUGAUUUGUCGGUUGAAACUAGCAUGGAAGAUAUUGCCUCGGAGAUGGACCAGGCAGAUGUUGUGAGCACAGAGACCAUUGACCUGCUUGGGUAUGGGAGUGGGUCUAGUGAGGAGCACCCUCCAUUCGAGACAACAGCCGCACCACCUCUGAAGUACUUGACCACUCCUUCUAUGACCACUGCAAGCCGAGGGAGAGAGCUUGUGGUGUUCUUCAGCCUACGGGUCACAAACAUGAGGUUCUCCGAGGUCCUUUUCAACAAGAGCUCAUCAGAGUACAGAGAACUGGAAAACAGGUUCACAGAACUGCUGCUCCCAUACCUCCAGUCCAAUCUGACUGGCUUCAAGCAACUGGAGAUCCUUAACUUCAGGGAGGGAAGUGUGGUGGUCAACAGCAAGAUGACCUUUGCCAAGUCGGUGCCAUACAAUGUCACAAUGGCUGUGCACUGUGUCCUGGAAGACUUCUGCAAUACUGCAACCGAGCGGCUGGACAUAGAGAUUGACAGCCAUUCCCUUGACGUGGAGCCUGGGGAUCAAGCGAAUCCCUGCAAGUUUUUGGCCUGCAACGAGUUCUCCCGCUGUGUGGUCAACCGCUGGAGCAGAGAGGCAGAGUGCCUGUGUGACCCUGGCUACGUCACGGUCGACGGGCUCCCCUGUCAGAGCGUCUGUGAGGUCAGACCGGACUUCUGCCAGAACGGUGGGGAAUGUGAGAUAAUCCCGGGUCACGGUGCGGCUUGCAGGAAUCGUGUCACCCAUACAUUACCUGGCCUAACAAGUUAGUCAGAAAAAAGAUAUGUAGAUUGUGACGUGAACCCCCAAAAGACUUGGCACUACUUCUGAAGGACAGAAGACCGAGCGCAGAACAAUUACAUAAUGUCAUAAUGGGCAAAGGGGGCAUCACCCUUCUGACCAGCCCUCUCUCAUCAACACACCUGCUCUCCAGUUACUGUCAAAACCCAAGAAAGAACCAGAGCGAUUUUUCCUUUAUAUAAACCUCAGUGAACUCUCAUGGCAUAUGCUACCAUUGGACACGACAGUAAAUUAGGAGGAGGAUCCUACCAUCGAGAACCAGGUUUGACACUGCCCAGUUGGCUCUGCCUGUUGAAAUGGCACUCAAAAGACAGUGGGCUCUAAAUUGUUUUACUUGCAUGUUCUUUCUGUUUUGCAUUGUGACAUUUGUCAACAGAAGACUAAGGAAGCACCGGAAGUUCCGUUUUCCUCACAAUGAGGCAAUUAUUAAUAAUACUAUGGCUAAGAGGUCUUUCAAAUUAUUAAUAAUACUAUGGCUAAGAGGUCUUUCAAAUUAUUAAUAAUACUAUGGCUAAGAGGUCUUUCAAAAGGUUUUUUUUUGUGAGUGUUGUUUCAAUAAUGUGGCAAGACCCUCAGUUUGCAUUAUUCUGGGAUUGACUUCUAUGCUGGAAAUCUUACAUUUCUGACAGGUUCCUAGACUAGACAUACAGAAUUAAUGUAGGCCAAAAGCCUGGCAACAGUAAAAGAGAGGCCUUUGAUUUGCAGAACUUACUGUAGGCUGUUGGCUCAGUCAUUAAGAGUAUUUUGCAAACUAGAACCAAUGAGAAGUAAUUAUAUAAAAGUGUAGCAUUUCAAUUCAGACUGAGGUUCAUAUGUUGUUAGGUACAGCUUGGAUUAGCGUUCUUGGUCUUUCCUAUUGCUAUUUUUUUUAUAUAGUUAUCUUCAAAAGUUUGGUUUGCAAUCAAUAAAAUUACUAUUUUGUGUUUAAA